UUCAUUUUGGUUUUGGUGUUUAGGCUAUUAACCCAAUGUCAAGAACUUCUAAAAGUAAUAUAUUAAGAAAAACUUAUAAGGAUUUUGUAAAACUAAAACCCGCAAUAUGUACAGCUGGUACUCCUUUGGUUUGCGGCAUUGGCUCUAACGGGCAACUAGGCUUUGAAAUUAACCAAAAACGUGUACCAGGAGUCGUUCCUUUUUUUGCCGAAAAUAAUAUAAAAUGUGUUCAAGUUGACCCUGGGGCUUUACAUACUGCUUUUCUUACAAAAGAUGGAAAAUUGUACACGUGCGGUGUUAACGAUCAAGGGGCUUUAGGAAGAAAAACUACAAACAAUGAAGAAGAUGAAUAUAUGCCUAAGCUAGUUAAUCUAGAUUGUAAGAUUAUUUCCGUGGCUUGUGGGGAUUCGCAUACUUUAGCAUUAAGCGAAGAUGGUGUUGUUUAUCAGUGGGGUAACUAUAGGGGCACCUUCGGGACAUAUGGGAUAUUUUACGACAACAUUAACGACACUUCUUGCAUUAUAGAGCCUCAAGUCAUUUUAGAUCUAAGUCCCACUGAUCAGGUAGUCCAGAUUGCUUGUGGACAGUCACACUCGCUGGCUUUGACCCGCCGAGGGCGAGUGUACACUUGGGGCUGCCACGAAGGAGGCUUGCUCGGGCGUUUUGGAGAGCGAGUAAGUUUAAGGAAUAACCGCUACAAGGCGCUUUCGCUGAAACCCAUGCAACUGUCGUUCAAGCAAAAUCCAGUCAUCGUAGCAAUUUAUGCUGGUGGAAUUUGUUCGUGGGCAAAAAGCUCGAAAGGUGCAAUCUUUGGCUGGGGCAUUAAUCUUACUGGCCAGCUUGGUUCAGACGGACUUGACGAAGUGUUGAUUCCUAAGGAAGUUGUGCAGUUCAGAGACAUCGACGUUGUAGACAUCCAAGGCGGAGGAACACACACUCUAAUUCUUGCUAAGAACGGCAAAGUUUAUUCCUGCGGAGAUGGAAAGUUCGGCAAACUUGGUCGCUCAAAUUCAGAGGAGAUAUUCUAUCGCAAACUACGUGGGCCUAUUGAAGAGAUUAGACAACUCGAUUUUAAGCGACCUGUUGUUGAGCAUCCCAUUUUUAAGUCAAAGAGAACAAAAGAAACCGUUGAAAUGCACAAAAAGGGCAUCCCCACAAUGUUUCGCGAGAGAAAUUCAUAUGACGAUCAAACUGGUAAAAACUCGCUGGUGCCCGUUUGUUUCGAAGAAAACUUAAAAAUUGUUAAAAUCGGGUGCAAGUACGACAGCUCAUUUGCUAUCGAUGCAGCUGGGAAUGCUUAUGCGUGGGGUUUUGGAGAAAACGAGCAAUUGGGGAAUGCCAAAAAGGACGAGUCCAUCUCUUCGGAUGAGUAUCUGCCUGUGCGGAUGAAGUCGAAAGUGUUAAAAGAUAGAAAAGUUUUAAUGAUCUCUUGUGGUGCGCAACAUACUUGUUUGCUCGCUUAUCCAUAAAAUAUAGU